GGUUUUUGUGGUUUUCCGAAUCAAUAGAUCCUCUGCGUUUCUGCUCAUUUGUCUAGGGUUUCUGAACUUCUCCCUUCUUUGAUUCCCCCCUUUGUUCCCAAGAAUUUUCUAGGGUGGCUGCUGUUUAGUUUUCUCGAAAAUUUUGUUUUUUUUCCAGUGAUUUUCUCUCAGGGGUUUCCUUAUUUUUUCUCCUUCCUUUGCACCUUGAAAGUGGAAACCUUUCUAUAGGAUUAUGGGAUGCUAUUACUGAUCUCUUCAAAAUUUGUUUUCUUUGCACAAAGGCCUGAAACUUGUUCACUUUCCUAGAAAAUUUUGGCUGUUUUCUUUCUGGGUUUUCCUUGUUUCUCUUUUUCCUUUGAGCUUUUAAACCCUUCCUCUGAGUUGCCAUUAUAUUCUCUUCAAAAUUUUUAAUAUUUCUACGCAAAGGUUGAAACUUUAGUAAUAGCUACACACUUCGUAGCUAUUCAAUAUAUAUCUGGGGACUUUGCUCAAUUUUGGUGAGUAUUUGUGUCAUUUUUUCUAAAAAAAUGAUUCUCCUGUAAUGUUAUUGAUUGGCGUGGCCCUGAUGAUGAAGUAGAAGAUGAUGAAAAGAAAAAUUGUGAUGAAGAGGAUUGAGAAUGCAGCAAACAGGCUACUGACCUUCUCCAAGCAUCGAAAUGGGCUGCUUAAGCAGGCUUUUGGGCUUUCUGUUCUCUGUGAUGUCAUGUUGCAGUUAUCAUCUUCUCACAAAAAGGAAGACUUUAUGAGUUCUCAUGCUCUGAAAUACAAAACGCUAUUGAACGAUACUCUAUGCAUACAAAGGAAAUUCCAACUCACAAGCCUGAAAUGGAACAACACUUGCAGGUUAGACCUCCAUCUUUCAUUUCACAGAUUAAUUUUCCAUGCAUUUUUUUCCGAGAAAAGGGCAGUUCAAAAUUUACUUCUUUGGCCGCAGAUGUACCCAUAGAUGAUCGUAUAUAUAACAAAAAAAUUCUAUUUGGAAAGGAAAGAUUGCUUAAUUUGCAGUUGAUUAGAAUGCAAAUUAGCUUGGUUGCCAAUCUGCUCCUUUUAUUGCAUGGUUUUGGACUCUAAAUACAUGAUUUAGGAAGUGAAGAGUUUCAAAGCGCAGACAAGUGCUUGUUCUAGUCUCCGAGGGAUGGUGCAAAACAUUGUUUCUUUUUCUUUCUUUUUUUUAACAAUUAUGGUCUCCCUGGUUCAACUUGUGUGUAUUUCAAAACUAAUAUCUCCCUAAUCCAGUUAACUGCAAGCCAUCCACAAUGUAACUAAAGAAUUUUUGAGGAA